GUCAUCUACGAACAGAAGUAACGGAUCCCCUGAUGUCAGCCGAUCUUGGGCCCUCGCGGGCCGUACGCAGUCGAACGCAGCUAACGUCCUACAACAAAAUGCAGUCCUUCCGGUAGAAUCCAUAUCAACUGGAAAUGAAGUAGAAAUGCCCAAAGCAGACACCAUAUUGAGCAAUGAGUGCCAUGGGUCUCAAAACGGCCAACCGCCAGACAGCCACCAACAAAAGCUCACAGCAGAGAACUCGAUCCUGCAUGUCGACUCCUGUACUUCCAAAAGCGCUGGUGAGGAGCCAAUUAUACCACACACUACCUUGAAACGCUCUACCGGAAGCUACAGGAGGCUAGCUGGGUUUAAAACUCUCUUUAGCUCGCGUAAGUCACCACGGAAGAAGCUUGACCUCAACAUAAACCCAUCCGCAAAGCAAGAACCGUGCGAUGCCAGCGGCCACAUAGAAGUGCAGCGUUGCGGGAAUACUGAAGAACAAGAGAACGAUGGGCCACCGGUUCAGCAAGUCCCACCCCCAUUUAUCCAUGCCAGCCAUGACACUGAGCUUCGAAAGGUCAGUGGUAAGACCGAGGACUCACUCGAUUCAAACAAGACCAGUGUGACUGUCUAUCGUCGUGCCUCAAAACGCACCUCAAUGCCAAUCGCUCUUGCGGACGAUAGCUCGACCGACCGCGACCCAUUUGAUGAUGUUUGGGAAGCCUCGCGUUUAGAAACAAACACCAGCAAUCCGUUUGCGGAUCAGUCAACUUCUACAUCGGACUCUACAGGCCAGUCUAUUCCAGUGUAUAGAAAUUCAAGCAACCCGCUUUCUUCGGAUCCCAGGCACGUUCUCAAGCUCAGUGGCUCUUCAGGAUCUAGCUGGUGUUUAUCUACUCUCUCCAAGGUUAACACCUGGCCAACUCCUAUUGAUAGACGGAUAGCCAUCGUGUCGUUCAAUGAGUUGGCACCUGAGCUGUGUUUGGAGCCACUAGCACUCAGCGCCGAGGAUCCUAAGAAGGGUGUAAUUGAUAUUCAACCGGCGGGAGGGGAGCAGUCCUUCAUUGUGAGUAAGGAUGAUGCUAUACGCCGACGGGACAGACUCCUCCGUCGAAUACGAUCUAUGCGAUCAACGCUUCAAAUGAAAUCCGAGCCAUUUGUACCCCAUACACGGACCCUGCGUCGUAUGAAGACAUUUGCAGGGUUCUCCUCUCGGUCCCCUUUAAUGACAUCUCUAAAAAACAAGUCUCUUGAAACCCUAGCAAGGCUUGGUGGAUAUGGCUUCUUGACUCUACCGGGCGAUUUUGCGCCAGCAACACUGAGUCUACCAGUUUGCUUUGUAGCGGUUAUUAAUUACCUAAGGUGCUUUGCCCCUACCGUGCCGAAUCUGUUCCUCGACGACGGUGACAUGGAAACGUCCGUUCAAACGUACGAAUACUUUGCCAACCAGGUCCUCUCUGCAGAAAAGGAGCAGGAAACGAUCCAGAUGACGAUGAGAAGCAGCCGAAUGCCCAGUUUUAUUGAGGAAGGUACCAUCACACACACUGAAAGCCGCAGUGCAGGGCACGUGCUCGGCGUCGCGCUCACAUUCAAGGCUCUACUGGCUGGACUUCCCGGAGGUAUACUAGGCUCGAGACAACUCCAUCGGAUUCUAGUCCACAUCUACUAUGGACGUCCUUCCAAGGCUCCCAUAGAGCCCCCCGGCAGUCGUCUUGUCGGCCUCUCACCUAAGAGCUACACCAAGGUGAAGGCGAUCAGUCUAGCCAUGGUAGCCCUCACCAGCCCAAUGCAGCUCAACCUUAUUUGUGCUGUGUUUGGAUUCUGUUCCCUGUUACUGCAUGAGUCAGAACGAAUGUUUGAGCUUGAGCGACGAAAGUUACGAGGAUCCGUCCGCCGUCCUAGUGGUCCCAGUGGUGCCCGACUGAGUGAGGACCGGCUUGGUGACAUUUUUGGGCCCCUGCUCAUGAAGAAUGACCGGGCCGAGGCUCCAGACAUGUUCCAGACCAUUCAGCUGGAGAUCGAAAACCAGCGGGUGGUGGCCAUGGUGGUUGGAAAUUGGCGCAGUAUUAGCCGACAGCUGCGGAUCUGGGAGCAUUGUGGACUGGAGGCAGGAGUGCGAGCGGGUUCCUGGAACCGCGCGACGAGUUGACACCAGCAGCAUAUGGCUUAUUCUCGGAGUCGAUGACCGGAUGUAAGGUUUAGGAGACCAUGGUUAGCUAAUAGUUAGCGAUGUGGUUGAAUGGAACUCAACGUGAUGACCGCGUCGUCCAACUUCCCUGGGUAUUAUUCGAUGCUGUAGGAAAUGGGAGCAGGGAGGGGUUUGGAUAGUUAGAUACCGUACCUUGUCUAGCUGAGAACGAGGGAAAUGGGAGAGUAUUGAGAUGAUUCUAGACAAAAGAUAUCAAUAACAAUUCAACGGGUGAUUGAUGAUGGAGGUUGUAACUGUUAUGUAUAUAUACAUCUACUAUAUACGGACUUCAAUAGUUAGUACGGAGUAUAUCAUGCUAUAUAUCAGGCAACGAGAUUAACUAAAGCUUCCAAUAAAAGAAAUACAUCC